UCCCACCUAUUUGUUUUGUUUAUUGUCCCACAUUUAACCAGAACCUGCCAGAGGCCUGCCAAAGACGGUCCCCAUCCUGAAGGUUGUCUCAGAACUCUUGGGGGCUUCUGCAGACCCCAAACUGUGCACCCCCAUUCCAGCCCUGUGGUAGGGCGCCACUGCAGCCCCUCCCCCUCCCUCUGUCCUGCUGCCGUCUCUUUGGGGCUGUUACAUUUGAACCCUGACUCUGCCCCUUCCCAUCUCGGGGCUGGGACAAGCCACCCCCACACCUCCCAGAGCCUCUCAGUGCCAUCAUCUGUGGAAUGGGUUUGCCGAUGCCGACCUCUGAGGGUUCCCAGGGAGUGGGGCGAGGUGGGUGGGAGCCGCCUAGUGAGGGGAAGUUCCCUGGUGAGUUUGCUGCACGGGAAGAGCUGGCGUAGGCCUCAUUCUCACGGGUGUCAACUGGCGCUUCGCUGCUGAGACCCCGUGGCUCACCAAUGGGCCUGCCCGGCGCUCCUUUUUACCUCCCUGGAUGCAGUGUUCGGCCUGUAACUCCAAGUGACUUCCCGGCGACACCGUCUCGCUCUGGGGACGUUUUCCUGCGCAAUCUGAAGGCGGUGCACCCACCGUGAAACCUCCGAGAGUCGAUGCCGUGAAUUCACUCAGUUUCGUGAAGUCUUGACCCGUGAACCAUGCGGGGAUGGAGCCACCAGCCACAGGACGCUCCGAGAAGACGUUCAGCUAUGUCGUCAGAGCGCCCAGCAGCGAGGGGUUUGAUGUCAUGAACGUGGACCUGAAGAUCGACACGGCCUGGGUCUUCCGGGACGCAGAGGACAGUGAUGAGGAGCAGGGGUGUGUUCCUGAGGCAGCCGCUGGGCGGAGCCCAGACGUGGACACGGGGAUGCUCAGGAGGCAGCUGGAGGCCUCGGAGCAGAAGCUGCUGGCCGCUGUGGACAAAUACGUGAGGUCGGAGUCUGGGCUCAGGAGCAGAAUCCAGGAGCUGGAGCUGUCGGAGCGGAGGCUGCUGCAGAAGGUGGACCAGCUGCGCGCCCGCGUGUGCCAGGAGCAGAGCGCCUCUCUCCGGGCCCAGGAGCAGCUGGAGGUGCUGCAGGGGGAGCUCGCCAGCCAGGUGCGGGAGGAGCGCGCGGCCCGGCGGCAACGGUGGCGCCUGCGGCGGCUGCGGGAGCAGCUGCGGUACAAGGACCAGGCGCUGGGGCAGCAGACCGCGGCCCUGGAGCGCUGCCGGCAGACCCAGCGACGCCAGCUGGGCCUGGCGCGCCAGCAGGAGCGGGUCCUGCGCGAGCAGGUGCGGCGGCUGGAGCGGGACGUGCGGCGCCUCUGCCGAGCUGCGGGUCUCUUGCUGGCGGAGCUGGACACCCCGGCCCCGGGCAGUCGUGGACCCCUGGGCCCAACCGGUCCUCAGGCAGCCUCCGAGGAGGCUGCAGCGUGGCGCGCCCUGCAGGCGAGGGCCGGACUCAGCGAGAGCGAACGGGAUGAGGCGGCGCGCCAGCAGCAGGAGCAGCAGGAGCAGCGCGCCAGGGAGCGCAGCCUGCAGGGGCAGCUGGAGGAGCUUCGCUGCUACAUCUUUGAGCUGAAGCUGUCGGAGAUCGGCCUGCAGGGCCAGGUGGAGGACCUCACUGAGCAGAACAGGUGCCUGCGAGAGGAGCUGGGAGCCCAGGCCCCUGGGGAGACAGUGCGCAGUGUGGCUGCUGCUGGUCCCUGCAGCCUGUUACCGGGGACUGCAGACCUCUGUGUCUGUCAGCACAACGCGGCGCAUCCUGCCUCCUUCGCGUCUGCAGUGUGCGGGCCUGGGUCCACUUCAUCUUCUCACCACCGGACGCCCCCCCCGCCCUCUUCUGCCUGUCUGGCUCCCCCCGCCCAUCCCGGUUAUCGGGAGGCCCCGGGCUGCGUUCAGGACGAGUGGCUGUGUCUGCCAUGGGAGGAGGCGCUGGGGGCCCGCAGGCACCUGGGUCGGCAGACCUCUCCCCACCCCAGCUGUGCCCUGGAACCAGGGCCCUUGGCAGGUCAGCCCGUCGACAGGCCCCACACCUGGGGCAGCAUCGGGGCUGGAGGAGGCCCCUCCGAGUUGGUGUCGGGCCUAGAGACUCCGGCUGGACUCCUGGGUGACCUGGUGGGACCCGCCCUCGGACAGCCUGCUCCGGUUGAGUCCAGUUGGCAUGAACAGACACUUCUGCUCAUCGGUGGCUGCCACCCUGAGGGGCCGUGCCUGGCUGGCCCUCUGCUGCCCGUGGAGCUGGCCUGGAUCCCAGAGCAGAGGCCAGCGACCACCCCAUCCUGGGAGCCCUGCCUCCUGCUGCAGAUGCCCACGACCCCUCCCUGGAGGCCCGCCGGGGACACGGCUGCCCUGCUGCUCCAGGGAACGGCUCCAGGACGGCUCCAGAUCCAGCAGGUGCUGGACGCUGGGCCCCCACCAGCUCCCAGAGCCCCAGGACAGCCCUGCUGGCAGCACCACCAGACACGGAGCUGUGACACCACACUCUGCGAGGAGUCCCCACUGAUGUCACACCACCAAUGUCCUCGGACGGGGCCCAGGAACCUCAGUGCCCUUUGGAAGGAGAGAGGAGGAGCCCCAGAGUGGAGGCCUGAGGAGCAGGGGGCCAGGAGGACCUGGGGCAGGAAGGACGAAGACCUUAGCGACAGGUGCCAGCGAUCUCAGGACAGGCAUGAGCAGCCGAGCGUGGAGGGUGGCACCGGGGGCCUGGAAGGCCUGCGGAGCCCACCCAGGGCCACAGCAGCCCAGGCCGCUGCCUCCCACUCAUGGCCCAGGCGGGAGCCCCGCCUGCCUCUCCUGCAGGGUGGGAGCUCCAAGUCCACGGAGGGCCCCAAAUCCCCAAGUGGAAGGUGGGAGGCGGAGGAGCGAGUCUGGGGCCUCCUAGGAGGGCUUUCCCUAGUGGAGGAGGAAGGGGCGCCCCCAGCCACCUCUGUCAGAGCUCCAGGUGUCGAAGGACCAUCAUCUCCAGGCGCUUGGCUACUGGAAGAGGAGGUCGGAGGCAUCAGGAACACUUGGGGCCAGGAGGAAAGCCAUGUGUGGGCCGGAGAUGCUCUGUUUCUGCUUGGGGAGAGCCCAGGGGGCGAAGGGCAAGGGGAGGUGGAGAAGGUGCUGUGUCCAGCAGGGUCCAGCCCGGGCUGCACGGAGCUCCCGGGAGAGCCCGGCUCUGCGGAGUGGGAGGCCAAGGAAAUGCUCUGCUUUGGGGAAGAGAGGAGUUUGCCACGGUCUCCCAGAUGGGCCCUGUCACCCGAGGGGACUGAACCCACCUGUCCCCCAAGGGUUCCACACAAAGGACACGGCAGCUCUGUGCCCACACUGGACACAUUUGCAGAAGAGAUGGAGGCUUGCUUCCAGCAACUGUCUGUCCUGAAGCUUGGGACUGAGGGUUGCGGGUGGGAAGCUUCCAUGUUGGCAGGAGGGGAUGGGGGCCAGGGGCUGGCUGACCCUUGGCAGGUGCUGGCAAGCCAGGGUUUGGUCACUUGUCCUGUGAAGGAAGGAGAUGCGGAGGAGGGUCAUGGACACAUUAAGCCAGGAGAGGCCCUGGGAGCCAGCCAAGUUCUUCCAGAGCUGGGGCUUGAUUUGGAGGACCUGUGCCCGGGGCCAGAGGGGCCCCCCGUGCCGGGCCAGAACCUCUGUGAGCCCUCGGCAGCCCUGGAGAGGGCCAGGAGAAGCCUCCGUGAGCUCAUUUCUGGACUGAAGGAGGAGAGAAGCAAAGUUCUACACGACAACAUCAGACUUUGGAGAGACCAGGAGAGAUGCCACCAUAAGAUACGUGCCCUCCAGCGAGAGAGGGAGAGAAACGUGAACAAGAUUUCCAUGCUCACACGGGAAAAUGGCGCACUGCUCAGGGACAUCUGUCACUUACGGAGGGAACUGGACCAGUAUUUGCAGGUCAUCUCCGACCUCGAAGACUGCAACAGCAAAAGCUACAGCAAAAUUUCAGAGCUUGAAGAGGAAAAUGGCAAGCUGAGGGGGUGUCUGGGCCAGCUUCAGAGAGCCACGUCCGAGAGUGCCAGGAAGUGCCAGGGUGUGGUGCGGGACGUCACACAGGAGAACCGGGACCUCAAGGCGCUGAUUUCGGAGCUGGGCGCCAGUUACAAAGGGCUGAUCAAGGAUCUCGUGGUGGGCAUAGAAGACAUGAUCCGGGCCUUACGGGGGGAGAACGCGCACCUUCUGCACAGGAUCCAAGUGCUGGAGAGGGAGGUCGCUGCGAGCACCAGCGCAGACGGGGGACGUCUGUGGGGAGCACGGGCCAAAAGCAAGGUGGACGCUGUGGAAAGGACGGUGCAGGUGACUCAGCUUUCAGAGCUCCUGGCGCCCGGAGUCCACGGGCCACCCCUGGAGGAGGGACGAGGUCUGGUUGCAGGGCGGACGGGACCCGCCCUAGGCCUGGAGAAGGCUGGAUGUGGAGCUGAGUCUGCUGCCCCGUCGCCAGCUGGGGGAAAUGCUGGCGCACCCAGCGCUCCGCAAGGAGGCCUCGGUGGAGUGGCGGUACUCGGGGCACACCCGGGAAGAGAGGAGGAGAGGCAUCGGUGGCCUGCAGACCACGGGCCAGCUCAGGGGUCCCUGCGCAACGGCCUCCAGGACCCGGAGGCCGCGCCCUCGGAGGAGGACCCGGGGCUGCGCAUCCAGCAGCUCCACCACCAGGUGCUGACCCUGCAGUGCCAGCUCCGGGACCAGGGGUCCGCAGCCCGGGAGCUGCUGGUGGCUCGCGAUGAGGCCCUCCGCCUCCGGGACCAGCUCCAGGCCGAGGUGGAAGAUCUUCAGAAAAAGCUGCACAAAGCAAAUUUGGAGGUGACCCCUUUGAAGGCCAAGCUGGCUUCCCUGGUCCAGAAGUGUCGGGACAGGAACCAUCUGCUCAUGGACCUGUUGCGGAAGCUGCGCAGACAUGGGGCGGCGGACCCCCUGCUCUCAGAGAUGGUGCGCGGCAUGGCGGACGAUGUGGCGCUGGCCGAGUACGCGGCCACCUUCUUGGCACCAGGGCUCCCAGAGACAAGCUGCCACCUGGAUGUCCAGCCCAAGGAGACAGCGGCUGUAAGAGCUCAGAAAUAUCUCCUAAAUCCUGAAACGGACAGCGCCCUCCCCAGGCCUGUGCGCUCCGAGUCCGGGCCUCAUGCCGAGGCUGCGUGGCCGGCACAGACAGCUCCACCAGCUUCUCUGGAGCUUCCUCUGCCUUCGGGGCCCACGCCGGAUCUGGGGCCGUACCUGGCCGGGGCCACCAUGACGUCAGGACUCCCUGCCCAGCGCCUGCGAGGAGAAGAUGGAAGGUCCCACCCUGCCCUGCGAGCCGAUGGCCCGUCGCCGCCCUCUGAGCUCCGGAGCCCGGCAAGGAUCCUGGCUUUCCACAGAGAGCUGCGGCAGAGCAUCCACAGCAGUUCCCGGGCCCAUAAAUCACCGCUGGAGUUAUAA